AUGUGUUCUCCUCCUCCAUCAUCACCUUCAGUCACUCUCAUCUCCGAUUGUUUCAUCAAACCAAAAUCCAUCCCAGAAGAAUCAAACCAAUCACUGUACUUGUCUUCAUGGGAUUUAGCUGCCCCUGUGCCCAAUACAUCCAAAAAGAGACAUGAAGCACCAAAAUUGAGGGAAAGAUUUUUCCAUUUCUCAGCAGGGUCUUUGGCCAAAUUGAAAGCAAAAGCAAAUGCUGAAUGCAAUACUACUAAGAUUUCUACUUUGCAAGCAUUGUCUGCCCAUGUUUGGAGAUGCAUCAUCAGGGCUAGGAAUUGUCCACCUGAUCAGGAAACGAGCUGUAGAAUGGCAAUCAAUGACAGGCAGACGUUGAAUCCACCUUUGCCGGUGGACUACGUUGGGAACUCCUGGAAAUUGUAUCAGGCUGUCCAAAACCAUACUGAUCAACAUUAUGAUGGGAAGUUCUCCAAGUUUCAUUGUAUCCUGGAUCUGAAGGUGGAGGAAUUUUUACCUCAUCAUGUUUUGUCCUUCUCCCUGAGUUGGAAUUCCAUGAAAUCGGAAAUUACAAUGAGCGCUCAGACGAAGGCCCCUGCUGAUAUGAAAUGUUAUCGCAAGGAUGAAGCUAAUAGAUUCCAUUUAGCUGAUUUUAUCCAACUGAUUUGUCAUCCAGUCGAGCCGGAAAAGGAAUUAUCUUGUUAUCUUUACUUGUCUAAUAUGAUGGAAGAUCUGGUUGCUUUCCAGUUUCGGGAUUUGCACGCUAUCAAUCUCUGGGUCAAACCAAUAUCUGGGAUCAUUUUGCCGCACACAACAUGCGGGAUAACAGUUAAAAUGCAAGCUCAGAAGGAUCCCCCACCUGACAUGAAAUGCAAGGACAAACUUAGAAUUCAGUGUGUUGUUUUAACACAAUUGCCAACUGAUGACAUCAAGCAAAUGUUCAAUGAGGGGAAACCACAACAUUAUGUUGAAGAGCAUGAAUUGCCGGUGAUUUACCUGUCAAGGCCUCUACCAAUCUCACCCCUGCCUAAAGAAGCCUACAGUUUGUUAUCACGGAGCCGAAUUUCUAAUUUCGAUGAGAUAAGCACCAUGGAGCUCUUGAAGAUUGACAAACACGAGCUCAAUUUUCCUUUCGAGGCGAAAAAGCAGAUCUCUUGCUCUCUGCAGCUGUCCAACAUGACUGGAAAUCAUGUUGCUUUCAAGGUAAGCACAACUCAUCAAAAGAACUUUUCUGUCCGGCCGAAUAAAGGAGUUGUGUUGCCACGAUCUACAUGCAAUGUUCUAGUAACAAGGCAAGCUCAGAAGUCUCUUCCUGAUGUACUUAGCAAGGAAAAGUUUCUUAUUCAAAGUGCACUGGUGAAACCCGGCAGCACAGAAGAUAUCAGCUGGAAAACGUUGAAAGAUGCUGGAAUUGUCAGAGAGUCUAAAUUAACGGUGGUCUAUACUCCUGCAAAUGAAUCACCAUUCCUAGAUGCAGAAGGAUCAAAAGACAAGGAAAGUGAUGAUUUAAAUGUUCAUAAGGUUGUUCCCGACUCCUGUGUCAUUUAUCAGAUGAGCGCAAUGGAGCUCUUGAAGAUUGAUAAACAGGAACUCAACUUCCCUUUUGAGGCGAAUAAGCGGAUCUCUUGCCCUCUCCAGUUGUCCAACCUGACUGAAAAUCAUGUGGCUUUCAAGGUCAAGACGACUCAGCCUAAGAAGUGUAUUGUUCAACCGAAUAAAGGGGUUGUGCCGCCUAGAUCCACAUGUGAUGUUCUGGUGACAAUGCAAGCUCAGAAGGCUAUUCCAGAGGUACAAUCCAGGACAAAGUUUCUUAUUCAAAGCGCAGUGGUGAAACCCUGUACCUCAGUAGAAGAUGUCAAAUGGGAAAUGUUGAAAGAUGCUGUACUUCUUAAAGAGUACAAACUUCCGGCGGUUUAUACUCCUUCAACCGAAACACCAUUUGAAGAUGCAGAAGGAUCAAGAGAAUGUAUAUCAGGACCAUCAAGAUUGGCUGUUGAUGAAACUAAAGAUGAGGGCAAAGUAAGGAGUAUCAUCCAGAGGAAACUGCGACGUAUUUCAUCUGCUUUUGAGAAGAUGUUUAACUCCUUGGGGAUUACUUCAAGGUUGUGGAUAUUUCGGAAUUCAUCUUCCGCAUACCAAAGGUUACUGGAUGAAUCAGAUGAUGAGCAUUGA